AUGAGCUGCCAAGCAUUUGCUUCCUCAGACACCUUUGUGCCCCUGAAUUCUGACUCUUCUCCCUCUCUGCCUCUGAUAAUGCAUCACAGCGCUGCAGAGUGCCUGCAGGUCUCCAACCAUACCACCAAUGUUGUGUCUACAGUCCCCCCUGUUUUCUCUUUGCUCCCAAUCGUGGUGUUCGUGCUUUGGCUUUGCCGCGACGACGCCGGGCGCCCUUGGCCAGGCCUGCACUACUCCGUGCCCUCCUGCCACUAUGGGAAUCAGCCUUCCACCUACGGGGUGAUGGCAGGCAUCAAGCCUGCAACUCCAGAGAUGCUCUCAGCAAGUCUCUCCCAGACUCGCAUCCUACAGACAUGCAGCAUGCCCCACCCCAACGUGGUAAAUGGUGUCAGCACCUUGCAAAGUGGCCUGACCCCCUGCCUGUACAAGUUCCCGGAGCACGCGCUGGGUGCCAGCUCCUGUGCCCUGGGCCACGGCUUCGCUGCCCUGCCCCAGCCCCUGCUCACGGACGAGCCCGCGGCCGCGGACUUCAAGCAGGAGUUCCGCAGGAAGAGCAAGCCCGCGGAGGAGCCCGUGGACAUGGACUCCCCUGAAAUCAGGGAGCUGGAGAAAUUCGCCAACGAGUUCAAGCUGCGGAGAAUCAAGCUGGGUUAUACACAAACCAACGUUGGAGAAGCGCUGGCUGCUGUGCAUGGCUCCGAGUUCAGCCAGACGACGAUUUGCCGCUUUGAGAACUUGCAGCUGAGCUUCAAGAACGCGUGCAAACUGAAAUCCAUCCUGUCCAAGUGGCUGGAGGAAGCAGAACAAGUGGGAGCUUUGUACAAUGAAAAAGUUGGAGUGAAUGAACGGAAGAGGAAGCGCAGAACCACCAUAAGCAUCGCUGCCAAAGAAGCCCUAGAGAGGCACUUUGGAGAACAAAGUAAGCCGUCUUCUCAGGAAAUUAUGAGGAUGGCUGAGGGGCUCAAUCUUGAGAAGGAAGUCGUGAGAGUUUGGUUUUGCAACAGAAGACAAAGGGAAAAAAGAGUGAAGACCAGUUUACACCAGAAUGCCUUCAGUUCUAUUAUCAAGGAGCACCAUGACUGCCGGUGAAGCUUUUCCACGUACACAUGUGGAUUUCUCUUUUGCUUUUUGUAAAUGUUGUAAAUACUGUGUUGUUAAAAAAGAAAAAAAUCAGUACACCACUCAUUGCUCCUACCUGCUACCAGCAGCUGUAGCAUGGGAAGGAUUUUGCUGUCAUUAAUUAAGGCACUGUGAGCUCACCAGGACGGAGGUGUCACACUGCUCCUACUGCACGCUCUGUCUCAGCCUAACAUUUGACUGCCUUGACCUGGUGUCAAGUAGAAGUGGCUUGGAUAAUGCCUGUUAUCAAACGUAAUUCUUGCUAAUUUGUUAUGUGCCUCAAAGUUUGGUUUGGGUAGGCUUAGCUAUAAAAACAGGAAUACAAUUUAUCUGACUUUAGGACUUUGUGGCCUGAGGGGAAGAAAAAGAAUUAUUGGGGGUUUUACUACAUUGCUCUUUCUCUGCUUUAUACUUUCUUCUGAUUAAAACCAUGUGUGGACAUACUUACACCAGAGAUGGUGGUUAAGCUAAAAAGUAUACAAAAGAAGAAUUUAUUGCACUGCACAAUCCCCCUCUAUCGCACCCCACUAAUUGAAAAUAAUCCCUUCUUUGUCAUCCUCUAGCCUAGAGAUAAUUGAGGGGAAAAAAUACCGGUGCCAGAGCUCCACCUAUCAGGCAGGCACUGAGAAAACUAAAUUAAUGACUGUAGUACUCACCAGGGAUAGAUUAUCCAGCCAUCUCAUCAGCCUUGUUAUGGGAAUUAGCCCAUUACCAUAUAAGUAUUUUGACUGUUUUCCCAGGACUGAAAUUAAGUGAGUACACGCAAGUAGUACUGGCCAGAUGCAUUUUAUUUUUCCAUAAAACAAACCUGAUGAUUUAGAAAAUGUCUAUAUAAUAGGCCCAGAGAAAGCCAGAGGAGUUUAAUGUUCAAGACCACUUAGAAGCAGCAUGUACAAGUUAAGUGCUCACUCUCCAGUGUACAUUAAAUUAUCUCUGAUACUUAUUACAGUGACCGUAAGUAUGUUCAACAAUGGAAAUCAGGCUCCUGGAUUUCUAAAAACCCACAUUUUUAUGGAUGAAUGCACCACUCUAAGCCCUUAACUGAGAAGAAAACUUCAAUUUAAUAACUCAAAGGGGACAAACUGUGGCUAUGUACUCCCUUCAGGCUGCUUUCAUCGCUAGCAUAGCUCAUCCACUAUAGCAGAGACCAAGGUGCAUACUUCUAUCCACCACAGGUUACCAACAGGUCAUAGGUCAUGAACUUUACAAAAAAGGUUCAGCUGAGAGGAUCAGCACUCAGCAACGGUGGUGGCAUGCAUUGGUGUACCUUUCAUGUGAUGUGGUCAAAUGUUCUGUAUGCUGAAACCACUAUCUGGUAUAUAAAAACUUUAUUUAAAUUCUAAAUUAUUUUCUUAAUUAUAAAAGGCUUCCUAGAAAUGCUAUCAGCCUGUACCUCCCAACCUCCUCAUCCAAUAAAGUAUUCCUAUACUUUUGGCACUCCAGGCAAUGGUUUGUAUCUCUGUUUUGGUAACACUUCACUCUUUCUUA